UCUCAUCAACCUACCCCUUAGACAUACACAAAAACAAGACGAGUAGCGAGUAGACGAUGGCAGCCAAACGUUCCCUCCCCCCCAUCCGUCGCCUGGCGACCGCCAUCGAACACCCAUCAACGUCCACUUCCACCUCUGGCUCUUCUUCUUCUUCUUCUUCGGCAGCUCUGGCUCAAGGGUUCAAUCUCAAGGCCAAAUCACGAAAAACGGAAUUGGGAGCGGUCAGGAGUAACUGGUUGAGACAUGAAGUUCAAGAGAUCUUCGAUGCGCCCUUGAUGGAGACUGUUUUUAGGGCGGCAUCGGUCCAUAGGAUGCACCACGAUCCGUCUAGGAUCCAAUUGUGUACUUUGAUGAAUAUCAAGACCGGCGGAUGCCUAGAAGACUGUUCCUACUGCUCCCAAUCCACCCACCACAAAGGCACACCUACCAAAGCCACCCCUUUGGUAAAGCUCGACCCGGUCAUCGAGGAGGCUAAAAAGGCGAAAGCCAACGGAUCUACGAGGUUCUGUAUGGGUGCAGCUUGGAGGGGUUUGGAGGGGAGGGAGAGGGGGUUCGAGAGGAUCUUGUCGAUGGUCAGGGAGGUUAGGGGGAUGGGGAUGGAAGUCUGCACGACCCUGGGCAUGUUGACCCCGGACCAAGCUCGCCGACUCAAAGAAGCCGGUCUCUCCGCUUAUAACCACAACCUGGACACUUCCCGAGAAUUCUACCCGUCGGUGAUCACCACCCGUUCGUACGAGGACCGUCUGAGCACGCUCCAAGCCGUGCGGGACGCUGGGAUCAAGGUCUGUUCCGGUGGAAUCUUGGGUUUGGGGGAAAAGGACGAGGAUAGGGUAGGGUUGAUCUGGGAGGUGGGGAGGUUGCCGGAACAUCCAGAGUCUUUCCCCGUCAACACGCUCGUACCCAUCCCAGGUACUCCACUGGAGAAGAACGACCCCGUCCCCGUGCACUCGGUCAUCAGGACCAUCGCGACGGCCAGGAUCGUCAUGCCCAAGACCAUCAUCCGGUUGGCAGCGGGAAGGCAUACGUUUAGCGAGACCGAGCAGGCCAUGGCCUUUAUGGCGGGUGCCAACGCCAUCUUUACCGGCGAACAGAUGCUCACGACCCCUUGUUCCGGAUGGGACGAGGACAAGGCGAUGCUCGAUCGAUGGGGCUUGAGAGGACUCCGCGCGUUCGAGGACGAGGAGGGCAACAAGAUCGACGCCGCCCAUGUUCAAGUCGAGAACGAUGGGAGCGCAAUGUUGAAGCCCGAGGCGGAGAAGAUUGUCGGGGAGACCGUCUCGUCCGCUUAGACUGUGACUUGGGAACAGGGAUAGGGCAAGACAGAGAGUUCUUGGGUGGUCGGGAAGAAGAAUGUGUUGUACGACCUGGCGCGAUAGAUGUAGAUACGAAAAUAUGCUGAACGUUUGGACGGGAGUUGGCUGUUGAUGAGAGGC